AAAAAAUAAUGUGCGCGGUGUGAAAAUAAAGUAACAUUUUUAGAAAAAAACCUGUAAAAAAUUUUAAAAAUCGUAUAAAACAACAAAAAGAAAUAAAUAAAAAAGUGAAAACGUUAUUUUUCCAACAUGUCUACUGCUUUAUUUGAACAAUUACAACGUCUGAAAGCCCCACAAACGGGAGCUAUUCAAGAUGCCAAACGUAAAGCCUCAAUAUUAUUUGAACCCAAGGAGGCAGCUGGCAAGGAUAGGCGCACCAUUUAUGAUUUGGGCGUCAAUGGUUUGCAGGAGUUAAUUGUGUUGAAUAGCAAAUUUCAACUUUUUGAGGAGACUUUAUUCGAUGAAAACACUUUACAUUUGGAAAGAGCGGUUGAGCACAAGGAUGUGAAUGAGCUAUUGGAUAAAAAUAUUAAAAAAUUCUUGCAACAUUUAAGUCCCUAUUUUCUUUUGCGUCCUGCUCAUUUGUGCCUCGAAUGGUUGAUAAGACGUUUUCAAAUUCAUGAGUAUAACCGUAAAGAGUUGAUGGCUUUGGUUUUGCCCUAUCAUGAGACAAAUGCUUUUGUUAAAGUAAUACAAACGUUUAAAUUGAAAGAGUCGGACAAGGAUUGGUCUUGGUUGAAGCCUUUGCAAAAACCUGGCAAACCAUUAUCCAAAUCUGCUGUUUUAAAUAGAGCUGCUACGGACAAAGGUUUUUUGAAUUUCAUUUGCAAUACUACCUUAGAGGCUAUUAAGGAAUUUGGUCCUCAUGCUCAUCUACUGCAGACACAACUUAAUUUUUAUGGCUCCGUGAUAGUGGGAGCCUUAGAAGCAGCCAGUUCUAUACAAGAAUGGCAUAUAUCUACUUUAUUGCCUUCUUUACUAAAGGGCCUUUCCUCGGGUUGUAUAGAUUUUGUUUCAGCUGCCUAUAUAAUUACGGCUCGCUUAGUGGCUCGUACACAGCUUACCCCCAAACUGUGUCAUGCCUUAAUAACAAAAGUCUCUGCAGUCUCCUUUGACCGUUUAAGACGUACCGCUGUUCUACUUUUAAUUUGGAUCUUUGAUAGUCAAAAGUCGGCUUCGCCUAAAUUCUCCGAACAAACUUUACUGUAUUUAGUGCAGCAAAAUUGGCUGACAACAAUUCUGGCCUCUUUGGCUAAAGAAAAUGUUGAUAUACAAGCGUUGGUAGUGCCCCUUGUAAAGGAUAGCGUUAAUGCUUUGCAGAUACAGCAUGCAAAUGCUCAAGAUUUUAAAUCGUUUCUGGAAACACUGCUUAAUGAUAUAGAGUUCCCUGUUAACUCAGCUCAACAAAUUAUAAGUUCCUUUUUGGAUUGCUAUGUGGCCGCCGAGUUUCCAGCUCUUUCAGCAUCUAUAGCUAAUUCUCUUAAUGAUGGCGAUGUCAUCGAGUUGGAUUCUGAGGACGAUGAGGAUGUAAAUAUGUCUUCAGGGGGUAAUUUUAAUUUUCAAUCUUGGUACUCACAAUAUUUACAUAAAUUGGAAAGACAAUAUCCUACCGCUUUUGAUUUGACUAUUAAGGAGUCUUUGUCCCGCAAUGAUCAAUCAUCAAAUCGUAGUAGAGCUAUCAAAAUGGCUUUGGGUUAUCGUCUUCAGUCUUUCGAUUCUUCGGCCUGUGACAUUUACGAAAGCCUAUACCACCAUACCGCCGAUGUACGUUUAAUGGCCGUUAAGACUCUGCUCAAAAAUCUUAAAAAUUAUCAAAAAAGAGCACAAAAUUUACAAUUACUCAAAGAAUGUUUAGCUGAUCGUAUAAACGAUGAUAGCGAGGAAAUAGUUUAUGAAAUACUUAAACUAUCCUCAGAAGAAAUUAAACAAAUAAUGGGUUGUCAAAAAUUCGUGGAAGCAUUAAUUGCUAUAUUAUAUAAAAUACAAAUUACACCAAAACAAUGGUCCAGCUUAAGUGUGAAAGUGGUAAAACAUUUAACUUCAGAAGAAGUUAUCCAAGAAUACGAUAAUAAUUUAAUACUCAUGGCCUUAAUGUCUUUAUUGUUUCCCAUCGAUGGUGAAGGUGUUACCGCCAAGGCAAUUAAGGAAAUCAUUAAAAGUCCUUUGGCUGAAAAAAUAAAGUUCCUACAAGACUUGCAGGCUGAUGAAGAAAAUUUCCAUGUAAAUGAGUUUAAGAAACAUUUCUUAGAUGUUAUAGCCACUGCCAAAGAUACUCCGACAGCCGUGGAAUUAUUUGAAAGUGUGGCCAAACAAGGUGAAACGUAUUUCAAACAAGCUAUGCAAUUGUAUCAUUUUAUACUCUUGGUCACAGCCUGCUUGAAACAACGUUACUCCGCUAAUCAGAGUCUACAAAUGUUUAAACAAAUUUCGUUGUACAGUAAAAAGUUUCAGAUCAAACAUUUAGGCACACAAACUUGGAAAACAGCCAAGAAAUUGAAAUUCAUACCUUUACAAUUGUUCUGUGACUUUUUGGUUACCUUAACCAUUCACACCAAUUUCCAAAAUUUGCUUAAACAAUGCUGGGAGUCUCCAAGUGCUUUGGAAUUACAGUAUUUCCUUAAUAUUUUCCAAUAUGUGGCAGAGGAAUGUUUUAAUUCCAUCAAAGAUGAGACAGAGCAAAUGGAAUGGUCAUCGAUAUUAAAAGAAUUAUUUGAUACCGUUUUCCAAGAUCCUUUUAGCAAAGCAGGAUUCUUAGUGAAUUUCUUUGUCUAUGAAGAAGUAAACACUAUUGAUAAUUACAAAGUUUUACGCUUGCGAGCGUUUAAAUUAAUGCAAUCAUUAAUGCAAAACAAUUACAAACAUAAAAUGAAAUUGUCUUCAUUGCAUGUCCUCAAAGUAUGUAUUGCCCUCUCGAGCAAAUCACAAAUAAUGCGUUUAGAAGCUUUGGAAACAUUAAAAUUGAUUUACAAUGAUGAUGUUGCUUUAAAUGAUACUCUAAAAACGUUUGUCAAAGCAGUUUUGGAACGUUCGGAAGAAAUAUCCAUGGAUUAUGAACAAUUUCCUUUGGUUUUGUUUGCUAUUUUGAAGAGUAGCAAAGCCUCUAUGGGCAAUAAAGUGUUGCAGGAUAUCUUGGAGCUAUUAAAGAAGGAUAAAAACUUGGAACAAGCUGUUUUAAGCCGACAAUUGCUGCAAUUCCUUAUACUAUUCAAUGAUGUUUUUAUAUUAUCCCAUCUAUUGCCAUUAGCCUUGACAGCUUUGCAAAAGUAUGAGCUCGAUGGUUCCAUAAAACUAUUAAAGGAACCUUAUAGUGAAAUCUUUAGACUUGUAGCUGAUCAUUUCAAUUCUCAGACCAUGGAGACAAUUUUAAUGGAUGAACCUAAAGCCUGGCAAUUGAUUGAAAAUGUUUUCCAAAAUAAUAUGCUAUUCACAGUGGUCGAGGACAGUUUGAAACCCAUACCCUGUGUUUUCUUGGAAGCUUUAGAUGAAUACGCUUUAGAGAAAAUGCCCUCUAAGCAUAAACAAAAUUUCCUAAAAUUAAUCAUCAAAACAUUAGCUGAAGCUGAAAAUGAUACCAUUUUCUUGGCUGUCAAUAAAUUAUUGAAAAAAUGCGCUUUGGAUUGUAGACCUUUGAAGGAAUUGAUUGAAUCUAUGUGUAAGACCAAGGAGGAAGAAAAAUCCAAAUCCCCAAGCAUUAAAAAAUCCUUUGCAAAACGUGAUGCUAAUAAAUCACUGGAAGUGCAAAUUAAUUCGCUCAAUUGGAAACAGGGUGUAGUGUUAAUGGAAUUGUUGGAAAAUAAAAAGAAACUAGAACAUACAGAGUGUUUGAUACCUGCUCUAUUCGAGCUCUUAAAUAGUUGCCUAUCCGUAGAAGAACAAACUACGGUGGAGUAUACCAAACAGUUGGUUUUGUCAGCUAUUUUGCAUUGCUGUCAAAAGGCAUCUGAAGAUGGUUGUAAUCUACAAACUGCUUUACCAAAAACCACUUUCCGCAUGGAUCAAGUUGUGCAGUGCUUGCGUGCCUCACAAAAUCCUCAAACUCAUCACAAUGCUUUGCUAUUACUCUCUCACUGUGCAGCUCUAUUUCCUCAACAGGUGCUUCACAAUAUUGUGGAUAUUUUCACUUUCAUGGGUUCUUCAGUUGUGAGACAUGAUGAUGCUUUCAGUUUCCACAUCAUCAAUGAUAUCAUAGUAUCUAUAGUACCCAUUUUGGUUAAGGAAAAAUCUGCUGUUGUACCAGUACUCAAGGUAUUCUCCGACAUUAUGCUAGAUGUGCCCGAACAUAGAAGACUACCACUCUAUACCAAACUUAUACAAACUUUGGGUUCUGACAAAUAUCUUUGGAUGUUUUUGUGUGUUGUAUUUGAUGCCCAUGUCAUAGAUGAUGAAAAACAAAGAUUACUACAGAAGAAAUCUCAUAAAUCUUCCGCUUUUGGUGGCGAUCAAAUGGCAAAACGCAUAGAAAUUGCUUUGGAAUUGACGAAUACAUUUAAGCCUCAAACUAUCAUUGAAACUUGUAUACAACUUAUGAAAUACAUAGAACAAUUGCCAAUGCAAAAGGAAGAUCAACCUAAUAGCAGAAAAUCUUUAAAAAAUUUGGACAAUCUAGAAUCCUAUUUAUUUGAUGUCAACACUCGUUCCGCCAAGCAAUUGCGUCAUUAUAAAUAUGUUAUCAUGCAAUUCUUAUCGGUCAUUACUUCUGCCCAGGAAUUCUUACGUCAAAUUGCUCUUCUCACCGAUGAGGAUAUACUCGUUAUGAAACCUUUCUAUCAAAAUUUCAUUAUUCGCAUACUGUCGUUUGUUCCUGUGGUCACUGCCACUAUCGAAAAAUCAGAAGAUUCCUCGCAGCAAAAGUUUUGGAAAGUUAUUUUACAUCAUCUGCACGAUGUGCUGGAUAAUGCUAUUUCUUUACUCUCUCCCGAAAUGUUUUUGGUGGUUGUCAAUGGUCUGCUGCAACAUCAGUUGUUGAGUAUACGCAAAAAGGUUAUUGAAUUACUAAUCAGUAAACUGCAACAGAAAGACGUUAACUUUAUGGCCUGUGAUGCUAAACAUUUCCAUAAUCUACUUAAACCUUUGGCCGAUAUUGUAGCCGGUAUUUUAACUAAAGAUGAAACGGUAGAGUCUUCACAACAAAAUGAAUUGGUGUUCUUGCAACAGACCGCUUUGAUCGCUAUUAAAUUGUUAUCUAAAUAUUUCGCUCUAAUCCACAUUGCUGAAUUUAAGGAUAUUCUUGGUAACCUCACGAAGAUCGCCAAACAUCGUACUGCCAUUUCGAAAAUUGUUUUGGCCACUGUUGUAUUGUGCAUGAUAGAGAUAUCUUCUAAUUUAAAGGUUCAUUCUUUGGCUCAUUUGCCAAAGUUUAUGCCUCAAAUGAUUGAAAUUCUACAGGAUCAAGCUGAAUUAGUGCGUUCAAAUCCACCGGAUAAUGUGUGCAUAGCGAUUGUGACGGGUAUGCAAAAACUCUUCGAAACCUUACCGCUCUUCCUGGGUCCUUACAUUGUGGACAUUAUUACCGCUUUAAGCUCAAUUGGCACACGUAUAACGGCCCAGAACAAUGAAAAAGAUCAAAGAUCUAUAAACACUUUACAAAAGAUAAAUACAAUCUGGUCAAAGAUCGCUACUGAAGUACCAGUGCGUAUUUUAGUGCCCAGCUGUGAAAAGGCAUACAAUAAACUAAUGGCCAGUAAGAAUUAUUCCGACAUUAGUGUUCUAAUGAAAUUGCUGCAUCAAUCCUUAACAAAUGCCAACAAUAAUGACUUGGUCAAUGUACGCAAUGAAUUGACAUCAUUGUUUAUGGAAGCUUUAGAAUUUCGCGUACAAUUAAAGGAUUCUAAACAAGAUGUGGAAAGUAUAAUUAGCAUAGAAGGAGCUAUAAUUGAAGCUUUUGUGGCUUGGGUAUUAAAAUUGUCGGAAAGUUCUUUCAGACCUUUAUACCACAAACUGUACAACUGGGCUUUGCAGGGCAGUCAACAGAAGGAAAAUAUUUUAACUUAUUUCUUGCUAACCAAUAAAAUUGCCGAAGCCCUUAAAUCCUUAUUUGUGUUAUUCGCCAGCGAUUUCAUAGAAGAUGCGGCACGCUUGCUCAAUGAAUCGAAUGCCAAUAAAUUUGAUAUAGAACCUGAAAGUGAGAAUCUAACCAUAGAACUUCUGAAGGCCAUUUUAGGUACUCUGUUCAAUAUAUUCUUGCAUGACAGCAAAGAUUUUGUAAAUGCCCAACGUUUUGAAUAUUUAAUGCCGGCAAUUGUUGAUCAAUUGGAAAAUCGUUUGGUAUUGGAACAAGAUAGUUUGCAAAAGUUGCUAAGUGAUUGUAUAGCUCAAUUGGCUGUGGAUGUUUCCAAUGAUGUUUUAUGGAAACAAUUGAAUUAUCAGGUUCUAUUAAAAACACGCACCAGUGUACCAGAAGUGCGUAUAUUUGCCUUCAACUGUUGUGUGGAAAUUGCACGUAAAUUGGGAGAUGAUUUCACACCUCUACUACCCGAAACUGUACCCUUCAUUGCGGAAUUAUUUGAAGAUGAAAAUCCUCGUGUUGAGAAGAAUACACGGAAAUCCGUACAAGAAUUGGAAGUUAUUUUAGGUGAAUCAUUACAAAAAUAUUUGUAAUUAUGUAAAGAUGUUUAACAAUGAAUUGUUUUAAUUCGGAUUAAAAAGGAAAUAGUUUGUAUAUUUUAUUAAAAUAAAAAAAUAUUAAAGAAAAACUAAGUUUAUUUUUAUU